AUGAUCGGUAUAAAUCAUGAUGAACAUACGAGGCUACCAAGAGAAAUGAGAAUUCAACCUAGAUCAUUACUAAAGUCCAUGCAUCAGAUUAUUCAUAGUAUGACUAUGAAUGCUGAUCGACAUUCAUAUAGGGAUGGCAAGUCCGGUGUCACACUUGAUAUUCACCUCUUAUUAGAAUUCAAGGGCUGGAUGACAAUAGUACGAAGACUAGUAUCCUUAGUGAUUUGGGGAUUAACAACAGCGUCGGAUACACAACUUAACAAAGAGGAUUUAUUAGGACUAAAUGUAUAUGAAGAUACGAGUUGGUGUGGCAAUUCGAGGUUAUUUAUACAUGUUGUUAGCUAUGGAUCUUCGAAGCUAACAACUAUUUCUAUGUACUUGAGAUAA